UUUAAUGAGAGAUUGCGCGAAAUAUGGCUUAAAAUUAUUUCCGAUCACUUUGUAUUUCCGAAGAAAGACAGAGCUCCAUUUAUCGCCCAGCAUGUUGGUUGGGUUAUGAAUAAAGUCGUUUUCGGGGGAGAUACGAAAUGUUAUUAGCAGCGAGCAGAUGAUAAAAUUCAGCGGAAAUAUUUUUGAUAUGAAUUCAACUCACAGAAGAUUGGGAAAGGGGGAAUGUCAGCUAUGCUAAUUGGCCUGGCAAGGGGAAGAGCUGGGCGCUUGGGAAUGGGGAAAUAUAGUUCCGAUUAUACAAUAAUUAGCGAAGUCUUGUGCUGCACGUUAUCUAAGUACAUAUGCCAAAGAUUACCCCGGUUACAUAGAAUUGAAUUCUGAUUUUGACAAGAAUUAAUCUAGACGCGGCAGCUGAUUACAAAUACCUCAACAGUUGGAGCCGGAGCCAUAAAAGGCCUUGCCACGGGCCACGUUGAGCAGUCACAAGCAACCAGCGAGUCGUCGAGCAGCAGCAGCAGAAAUAUGAGAGCCGUUCUAAUCGCAGUCACCGGACUGUUGGCCAUCAGCGUCCGGGCCCAGGAGAGUUGCGUCACGCCCGAGUACACGACAGAUAUCGUUCCCGUGUGCCAGGCGAAUCUACGCAUCAAGCUGCCCAGCUACGCGGAUCCGACCUCCUACUAUUCCUGCACUACGGGCAAGCCAAUCCUAACACAAUGCAAGGCGCCAACGGGUUACUUCAGUUAUGUGCUCCAGGAGUGCACGUCCUGUGCCAAUUACCUACCCGCCGUCGCGUGCGAAGAGAUUAAGCUGAAUCUGAAAUGUGAGCCCAUCAGCGAGUCCGGCGUGACCACCGCGGCACCACCAGGCAAUUCUACGGCUGCACCAACCACGGUCACAACUGCGGCACCACCAGGUGAUUCAACAUCGGCUGCCCCGACCACGGUCACCACCAAAGAUCCCACGACUGCUGCACCCACAACGGUGACUACGGGUGCCAGCACCACGGUCGAUGGUAAUGAGCCAUCCGGCACCACAAUUUCCAUACCCAAUCCACCGUCCCCGAACGAUCCCAAUGUACCCGCGCCGCCCACUCCGGCGCCCACGGCCGGCACCAUUGUCCCCGGGCCACCAACUGUCGGCGUCUGAGAAUAUAUAAUCCUACUAACCAUUAUCCACAUGCACAUGUAUUAAUCUAUACUUAAGUGCACUUGCUUUUGGAAUUGAAUAAACUUUUCACAGUGCAAUGAUUGACAUACAUACA